AUGGCCUUCAUCGGUCUUUAUCCGCCGCUCGUGGUCGCUCCGCGCCUUGCCUCCCACGUGCCCGUCCUCAUCCGCUCGCCCCUCACCUCCUACGACGCCGCCGCCGCCGGUGAGGGAGUCACGCCUGAUGUCGCGCCAGAUGCCGCGGCAACCGAGGAGGAGUGGCACGCCGCCGCGCCUGCUUGCCUGCUGUCUCGCGGACGGGACGGAACCACGCCCGCACGUCGAGUGUCACCACGCACCCUCCGUCUUCGUCUCUGCCCAAGCCAGGUGGCCGCAUACGUCUACCUCGCCAUUGUCUUCGAAUACAUCGACGCCGUCGAGCUAAUACUGAUUCCAGCUUCAUUCAAACAGUCUAAAAACCCUUGA